UGGGCGGGCGCUGAGAGUCUCUCGCAAAGAAAACCCCAUGGGCCUUCACUCGAGGGAGGACGUCAAAGCUGCCAUCGAGACUCACCACCAACCAGUGGUAGGUCCCGUUGGCUGGUCUUCGGGAGGCUACAUUGGCUCCCUCACACCACAUGCCGUCCCCUUCCACCCGCGUUCGCCCGCCCAUUAUAUGCCUAAACCUCUUCCCGGAAGAGUAGCAGUGCUGCCCUACAUGCAUGAGCAGCCUAUAACUUACACAGGUCCACCAUUGCCUUGGGUGCAACCAGGCCCGGCUGCUCUAUGGACGACGCCUACAGCCAUCCCCAUUCUGCCGCCGCCGCCGCCGCCGCCGCCGCUUCCACUGCCACAACCUCCGCCUCCGUAUGAUGGACGUCCCCGUCCAUCUCAUAUGGUUGAUGAUAGACCACGAACUCGUCACCUCCUUGAUGACAUGCACUUUCCGGCCGUUCGCGGCCGGACUCCAAACCCAUAUGGCGCCAUCGGCUCGGCCCUCCCCACAAGGGGGAACCCGUGAGCGCGCGCGAGCCUGGAACCGACUGCCAGCAAAAGUCCACUCGUUCCGGCAGCACAACAAAAGUAUCUAUGGAAGAGAAUCUCGCCGAUACUCUGAAUGUCGACGUCCUUCUAGCCACUUCACAUCCCUCCUUCGACCUCUUUGUAACAGUCCGUGGCAUCAAUGUGUUGCCGACCUCGGGGUGCCUUCGUUGAAACGCGAGAAUUCACUCCGACACGUGUACCGACCUAAUUAAUAUAUUUUUCGCGUGCCUGAGUGAGUCGCUCCAGCCGCUCCAACAAGGUCGUUGGACAAGGGUGAUGAACUUUGAACCCUG